AUGGAUUAUUCGCUCGAGCACCACAAGUCCUACAUCGGCAAGCCGGCCUCGGCACUGCCAUCCCCUUCACUCGUGGUAUCUCUACCGGUGGUGAAGAGGAACAUUGCCGCCUUGCAGAAGGACGUCGAAGAAUUGGGCAUUGGCUUCCGUCCACACGUCAAGACACUCAAGACAAUUGAAGUCACGAGACUGAUGCUUGCAGCAGGCAAGUACAGGUCCGUCAUUGCGUCAACCCUGGCGGAGAUCCGCGGGCUCUUACCUCUGGCGAAAGAGGGACUACUAGAUGAGUGCACGUACGGCCUCCCUGUCUUACCAGGCCUUCUCCCACGAUUGUCAGAGUUCAGAGCAUCGAUGAGGAUCAUUCUCAUGAUCGACAACGAACAGCAAAUCGAUGCUCUGGAGGAGGUGUUCAACGGAGACCAAGAAAGGCCCUGGGACGUCUUCAUCAAGCUCGACGUGGGUUCCCACAGAGCUGGGGUGGCUACCGACAGCCCCGCGCUCCGCCGCGUGGUGGAGCGCGCGAACGAGUCGGCCGCCGUGGACAUCUUCGGCUUCUACUGUCAUGCCGGGCACUCCUAUGGCGGUCGCACGCGCGAGGAAGCCGAGGCUACUCUGGGUGUAGAGAUCUCGAGCGUUGUGGCCGCGGCAGCGCUGUUGCCGGGGAAUCGCGAGCUUGUUGUCUCGGUCGGUGCGACGCCCACUGCACACGUUGUCAGUAGCUUCAGAGCUAGAGUACCAGCCAACCUUAAACUGGAGCUGCAUGCAGGGAAUUUCCCCUGUAACGACCUCCAGCAAGUUUCCACAUCUCUUGUAUCAGAAACCGACCAGGCAGUCCGCGUCGCGGCCGAUGUCUGCAGCGUGUAUCCCGAGCGCAAUGAAGCACUCAUCAACGCAGGCGCCAUUGCCCUGUCACGCGAAACCAGCCCUGCUUAUCCUGGAUUCGGUCACCUAGUAGAGAGGCCUCACUGGGGCAUCGUCAGACUUUCCCAAGAGCAUGGCAUUCUCGCACCCCGGGGAAAAGACGCAGAAGUCUCGAAAGAGUUCAAGGUUGGGGACAGGGUCUAUCUAUAUUGCAACCAUGUCUGUAUCACGGCUGCGGCGUUCUUCGUGUAUUUUGUGGUCGACGAAAAUGAUAUCGUAACAGAUACAUGGAUUCCUUGGAAAGGGUGGUAA